AGAGAGAGGAGCGAGAGAUAGAGGAAAGAGAGGAGAAUGAGGAUCAGACCGUCAGUGCGAGAGUGACGACUCUUCUGCAGCCAUUUCGCAGGGAGAAGCGAAAGCCAUGAGCCGAGCCGGCGCAAGAGCUGCCGCCUGAGGAGCCCCUGUGGGAGGAGGAGGAGGCACCGGAGGGUGCGCGUGAGAGAGAGUGUGAAAGUGUGAGAGAGAGCACAAGCGAGAGCUGACAGUGCGACAGGAACACCAGCGUGACCGGACUAUGCUCCAGACCAUUUACGAGGGCGACUCCCGCUUCUCCAGGCGCCGGCUGCCCGGGGAUCUCGACGACGACAUGCUCAGCGUCGACGACUCAGACGUUAAACCUGAAGUACCGUCGUCCCCGGACCCCGCGUCUCCUCUAGACCUGCGGACAGACGGACGGGCCCCGGCCCCUGGUUCGGACCCCGGGAUGUGGGAGCGUCAGCUCCAGCAGGAACUCGUCCUCAUCCAGAAGCAGCAGCAGAUUCAGAAGCAGCUUCUCAUCAACGAGUUCCAGAAGCAGCACGAGAACCUGAUCCGGCAGCACCAGGUUCAGCUGCAGGAGCACCUCAAGCUGCAGCAGGAGCUCCAGGCCAUGAAGCAGCAGCAGGAACUGUUGGAGAAGGAGAAGAAGCUGGAGCUACAGAACCAGGAGAGAGAACUGGAGAGACAUCGACGUCAGCAACAGGUCCUCAUCAUGAGGAACAAAGAGAGAGCGCGAGAAAGUGCAGUGGCCAGUACAGAGGUCAAACAGAAGCUUCAGGAGUUCCUGCUGAAUAAAUCCACGAAGGAUGUGACGUCCACUGGAUCCUGUCACGCAUUUACACCAAUACACACCUCCACACUGUGGUUCACGACGUCCCAUGACACGGCUCUGGAGCAGAGUUCACCCCCGCUGGGAGAGGUGUCGCCCCCCUGCAAGUUCCGUCUGACCUCCCUGCCCCACUCCAGGGAUGAUUUCCCUCUCAGGAAGACCGCAUCAGAACCGAACCUGAAGGUGCGCUCGCGGCUGAAGCAGAAGGUCGCCGAGAGGAGGAGCAGCCCUCUACUGAGACGAAAAGAAGGAGCCGCUGUGACCCCCUUCAAAAAAAGAGCGCUGGAGCUCAUGGAUCCUGUGCUCAGUAGCGCCUCUCCUGGUUCGGCUCCCGGCUCUCCGAACGGCUUCUUGUGUGCCGAAAACGGACCAUCAUCACUACCAGCCACCACCUUCACAGAGUGUUGGCCCUCACAGAUGAACCCGUUGGGCCCCGAGGGGUCGGUGCCCAUGCUGAGUCUCUACACGUCGUCUCUGCCCAACAUCACCCUGAGCCUCUCGCCCACCGCCUCGUCCCUCAGCGCCGGUCUGGGGCUGACGGAGAAGCACGGCGAUGCCAGCAGAGCGAUGCCCAUCAGGCCGGGCGUGCCCGCUCAGCUCCUGGCUCCGGUGUCCCUGGCGGUGGGCGUGGAGAAAGUGAGCAGCAGCCAGCAGGUUCUCCUGCAGCACCUCCUGCAGAAGGAGCAGCUCCGCCACCAGAAGAUCGGCUCCGCCGGUCCGGGCGUAGGACUGCUGCACCCCCCCUCUCCCCUGGCGGCGAAGGAUCGCUCCUUGGGCGUCGCCCGCCCCAGACUCCCGCGCCAUCGGCCCCUGCACCGCACCCAGUCGGCCCCGCUGCCGCAGAGCAUGCUGGCACAACUGGUCCUCCAGCAGCAGCACCAGCACUUCCUGGAGACGCAGAAACAGUUCCAGCACCAGGUCCACAUCAACACGCUUCUCUCCAAGUCCAUCGAGCAGAUGAGGAGGCCGAGCGUCCACCUGCAGGAGUCAGAAGAGGAGGAGGGGGAGGAGGCGCACGAGCUGGGCACAGAGGAGGAAAGCUCGCCCUCUGGUGGCGCCAUCCGCAAGCGCAGCCCCGUCCACAACAGCAACAGAAGCGGCGUCGACGCCGCCAGCGAGCACGACGAACACGCGGUCAUCAGAAUCAAGGAGGAGCCCGACGACAGCGACGACGAGACGCAUGCCCAACAGGAGCUGGUGUACCUGCGGCAGGUAGAGGGGAGGCUGGUGAUACGGGCUGUGAACUGAAGGGGGCUCUGAACCCCUGACCCUUUACGCCCGUCUGGACCGUUCGUGAUCUCUGUCUCGUCCGCUUCGAUGAUCUGUUUAUAAUUCAGAUAAAAUAAUGAAGAAUAAUUUAUCUUUUAUUUAAAAUGUAUUUAACGUCCUUCCUCCUCUCUGUCCACCGACCGGUAGAUCUCACAGAGAGACUCUUCAUGCGACAUUGAACUAUUAUUAUUAUUUUAUUAUUUAUUGAAUUAUUUUAUUUGUGAUGGUUUUGUGGUUCCUGCCCACUUUUCGUCGUUUCGGGUUUUCCCGGGGCUCUGGGAGCUCGUCUUGGACCCGCCGGCGGUGGGGCGGCGCUGACAGGAGGGCCGAGCAGGAAAUGCCUGGUGGAAGCCAGAAAUGCGAGUGAUUCAUGAGCGCAGGAAUGCUGGGAGAGUCACGGAGGCCGGCCGCGAGCGCUGAUUUACUGUUGGGGCGAAUUACAGAGCGGGAGAGAGAGGGGGAACGGCGGAGGGAGUCCCCUUUAAAAACCGAUCCCUCCCCCCCGAGACCGGGCCGCUAAUGUGCCCCUCGACAUGCGCGUCGCUAUUCCUCCCCCGGUAUUUUCCCGGGGCGUGGUCGCUGACGGGAACCGUGAGUCUUUCUGCUGAUUUUCCGUCAGUUGUGGUGUUGAUGUGAGACCCCUCGUAUCGUCUGACGUGUCUGUCCUCGUCCUCUUGUGUCCCCCUCUGCUCUGGACGUGAAGUCGUCUCGUCUUUAUUUCGUGAUCGUUUGAAAACGUCGUCGUCCUGCUUCGUCUCUUUUCUUUGUAAAAUAAAGUUCAUUCCGACCUUAA